UUUGCUUCUGCAGGUAAAAGGAACUGAGCGACACAAAUUAUGAAACAUUUGUUCUAGCUAGACAUCGAAACGCGAUAGAACAACAGCACGCUUAUGUCGCAAGAAAAAAAGAUUUGAAGCCUUGAAAAGCAAAGUAAAAGCGUGCAACACCUUUAGCGCUUGGAAACAAAAUCUCGCUUUGUCAACAUUUAGCCGGGGCACGCACGCAUUUUACAAGGAACUUCGACAGCUGCGUGUUUUCGAGCAAGCCAUCAACAAAGAAUGAAACCCCUAAAACGAGCUCUGGAAGAGGAGCAGAUACAGGAGCUGUCGUCAGCCAUGUCUGACAGCGACCCCUUUGAGGAUGACGGCUUUCCCCUUGACCUGUCAGGAGGCGGCGUGGGCUCGGGCAAGCGGCGUCGCCGCGGCAACCUGCCCAAGGAGGCGGUGAUUGUGCUGCGGACCUGGCUGUACGAGCACCGCUACAACGCAUACCCUUCAGAGCAGGAGAAACUCAGCCUGUCAGAUCAGACCAGCCUCUCCGUGCUACAGAUAUGCAACUGGUUCAUCAACGCCCGUCGCCGCCUCCUCCCUGACCUACUCCGCAAGGAUGGCAAAGACCCCACCCAUUUCACCAUCUCCAGGCGGGCAGGAAAAGGUGAGGGUCGCUCAUCCACUGGUGGUGGAGGUAGCUCCCCUGAAAGCCCCACCUCCUCGGUCCCCUCACCAGCCCUGCCCCCACUCCGGCCCACGGUCAUCCGGCCAGCCCCCACGCUGGACCUCGGCCUCCUGGGCAACACGGCCAUUCUGACGGGUGCCGGCUACCCAGGCCAAGAGGGCUGCUGCGUCCAGGCCCUGAUGCAGCUGGACAUGCACGUUCUCCUGAGGGAGGCCGAGGAGAAGGGCUCUACGGUUAUCAGCGCCAGUCCCACUGGCGGGCUAUUCAACACGCCACCCCCCACCCCUCCGGAACUGUGCCCCGGCCAGGACUUCAGUGACCUGAGGCUGCUGGUGGACGCAGCUCUCCAGAGGGCCGCUGAGCAUGAGAGUCAGACGAAGGCCACUACAGAGGCCACGGUCUGCAGCAGUGCUAUGGGUCCAACCCUUCCACCAGAGCCGAGCCAAGCUGCACUGAACUCGCCCAGAGAGCAGAGUCCCACAGAAAAGGUUGUGGUGUCCCCAGUUUCAGUCCCAAGCCCCGUCACGGUCUCUUCAGCACCUAAACUCACCCCAGCCUUUGCCUUCAUUCCUGCUCCAAGUCUGCCUCCUCGCCCUGCCCAAAUUCCAGUCCUAGUGCCAGUUUCAACCCCUGUCCCAACCUUCAUCCCUGCACCAACCAAACCCCCUGUGCCAGCCCUAAGCCCUGUUCAAACCUUCACCCCUGCACUAACUUUAUCCCCUGUCCCAAUCUCAUCCCCAACUUUAGCCCUAGUCCAAGCACCUCUGCCAGCCCUCACCCCAUUCCUAGGCCUUUCUUCCUCCAGCAGCAGCAGUGUCCAGAGGGCUCAGUCGGUGGCCAGUGUGUGGAGCAUGGUUCACAGCGAUGUUCCAGUCCGACAGCCUGGUCCCGUGGCACAGACUCCCAUAGCCACAGUGUGGGGGGCGCAGCACACCCUGCAUGCUGUCAGCGAGACAGUCAACUAGAGCCACGGCCACACCCUGGUCUGUAUGUGGGGGCGCACCAAGCUGUGUAUAUAUCUGAGAACACAUUCCUUUCAUCAACCCACUGAUCCUGUAUGUCUGUGCUCUGCAGUUUGAAUAUGACAGAACUGUCAUACAUCAGACACUGGGAUGGAAAAACAAGUGUUUUAAAGAGUGCUUUUUUAAAGCAUUUUUUUAUCAGGACUUUAACAAAAUAUUUUAUCCAAUAGAGCCUGUUGCUGGGCAGAAGCUGUCAACUUGUCAACAUUCCAGAGUAUAGGUCAAAUGUGACAACACAAAGUUCUAUUAUGUAGUUUUGAACUCUACUAUCUCAACCAUUUCCAAACGAGGGCAAGGAGGACAUUUCCUUCCCGUUAUACAUUUUUUUUUAAAGUCUUGAAGCCAGCACCAGCAGAUCUAGCCUCAUCAGUAGCAGUACCGGACUUGGUUGAAUGUAUAAAGCGGGACUCGAUGACUUUAAACCCUGGCUGCCUAGCUUGUCAAUCAUUCCCACCAAGGCUAAACAAGGGCGGACUUGGGGCUGAGACAACCGUGUUUGUUUGUUUCAAGCGCUAGUGUCGUGCUCCUCCAGUACUGUUUAUGCACUUUAGAUUUUCAUUUUUUAGUCCGGCCUUCACAAUCUGGAGCAUUCCAACGCCCCCUUCCCCCUCACAAUGCCGGGAGACAGGCGCAAGGGAAAUUGAUUGUACUGCAGUGUGCCUGACUGCACAGCUCCAAUGUCCUUCUCUCUCCUUGCCUUAAAGCUACUGUAAACAUGUGGCCACCAGGGAUUCUAUAUUUAAGACACACACCCAAAAUCAUCAGUCGCAAAGAAUAUCAACACUACCAUUUAGUUAUAUAUUUUUUUAAAUAUUCAUUUAAACCCAUUUCCAAAAUAGUAUCUCAGCAGGUAAGCAGUAUUUGUGUGUGUAUAUAUGAAAAAAGAGGAUUUUUUUUUUGUAUUGCUCUCUUAUCUUUAUGUAUUGUGUAUGAUUUCCUGGGAUGUGUUUUUAAUGUGGAUGUGAAGGAGGUGGCAUUCGUGUGUGUGUGUGUGUGUGUGUGUGAACGUAAGGUAACAUUGGUCAUGUAACAGAACUCAAUUUUUGUGGUCGACGCUGAAGGCUUAGUCAGGUGACGCCGUCAGGCUAGUGCCCUAGUAUGCCGUAGUUGAUGGCUGAAGACUGUUACAAACAUUUUCAAGCUUUUGGGUCAUCCUGUUUGGAGAGGGUUUGACCCAAGUAGCAAAUCAUUGGAGCCUUAAGAUUUGGUCCUUGUAUUUCAAACCAAAAUGUCUUAAUUGAAAUACUCUUAGUUGUUCCCUUGGAUGACAAAGUCUGGUCAGUGUUGUAUUGAAGUCAUUGAUCAAUGUUGAGGUUAUUGAGAAGCAAACUGUCUGGAAAAUUUGACUCCUUUCCUCUCUGUAUUUUCCCUCUGUGUUAGUGGACUAUAUCCUCUCCUCAGUGUUACUCAUUCUUAUACGGUUGUAGUUUCCAUGAAACGGUCUUAGUUCAUAUACCACAUUUUAUGGCCAAAUCCUAACUUUAGACGCAGCACAAACAUUAGUGAGACCCUACGUGAACACACUGUGCUGCUGCAAAGUCUUAUAUUCUGUCAGUUCAAACAGGUCAAACUUUUCUCUAUUCUUUUCAACUCUUAAGCUUUGAAAAGACCAUGGUUAUCUUCCAGCUAGAAAGAAGCAUGAGAAGAGCUGAUAUGGAGUUUUGUUAUUAUUAGCCUGGGUUUGUGACACGCACUGAUCCCAUUCUCUCCGUCAUGUCUCCCAGAUAGGUAGGCUACCCCUCGAUUUCUUUCAUACGGAUGGAUGGCGGCACUGUUUCCUGAUUUGUCAUUGGGAAAGGUAGAUCGUACAGGUACUCCACUAACGGAGAUGUGCUGAAGAGUUUUAAGGCUCGCACACGCCGCACCCAAUGUGGAUCUAGCAUUCUGCCUGUCAUUCAGCGCGCUGUCUUUUAGGGACCUGCUGUAUAUUGACUGCCAACAUUUUAAUGCGUUUCUACGUGUAAAAUCGGUGCGCACUCGGUUGGCAAAUUAUACUCACAGGUGCUAAGUAUUCUCGGCCAGCAAACACUAUUGGUGCGUCUGAGCCCUUACCACCUCCUUAAACAGUUUGGGUGAAGGAAGGGUUCUGGGGUCAUAGUGAUUUGUAAGAAAUAAUGGAGUGAAUAGAUAUACAGUACAAUUAAGCGGGUACGUGGUUUAUUAAUUACUACACGCCACUGACCACAUGUUGCGAUACUGGAAACGGCUGGAUACUGGACAUUAUUUAGAAAGAUAUAUAUAUAUCAGAUUUUGGAUGCAGAAUGAAACUUGGGUCGUAGAUGCCAAUGUGAAAAUGCAUGUAAAUUCAUCAAGGUCAGGUGUUUUUCUUUUGGCAUGAAUUGUAGCUGAAAUGACAAUGUGUAGCUGCUCAAUAUGACCAAUUGCAUCCUAAAGAUGUUUUCCAUUUCACUGUAUGAAUCAUGGCUGAUGUAUUGAAAGAAUAACUGGCUAUCGUGCCUUAAACCCGGGAUUGAGGGAACAUACCCCUUCUACAUAGAAACUUUUGAAUAGUCUGUGCAAUAUAUGCCUUAAACUUUAAAUGUGUUUUGUACAAGCAUUUCAGAGAAUAAAAGUUUUUUUUUUUUCA